AUGGUAGUACACCAGGUCAAAGGUUACCAGUGGCAGUUUUUUUUGUUGCAACAACUAACGCAGUAUCCAGAUGUUUCAAUCCGAAACCAAACAUAGAACAAUGGAUUGAUACAAGAAUCGGAUUUCCCUCUAUGGCGAAAAUGAAUGGGUACCCGAGACAGUAACGACCGAAAUUUAAUGCAUGAGGGAUCCAGUGGACGCUUGCCCCAAACAAGAUGAGGAGACUAGUGUCCCGGAAGAAGGCUCUAACCCUGGUGAAGGAGCUGGAUGCAUUCCCCAAGGUUCCAGAGAGCUAUGUGGAAACCACAGCCAGUGGGGGAACAGUGUCCCUGAUAGCCUUCACAGCCAUGGCUCUGCUGGCUUUCCUUGAGUUCUUUGUGUAUCGAGACACGUGGAUGCAGUAUGAGUAUGAAGUCGAUAAAGACUUCUCCAGUAAAUUAAGAAUAAACAUAGACAUCACAGUUGCCAUGAGGUGUCAAUUUGUAGGUGCAGAUGUCCUAGACUUGGCAGAGACCAUGGUAGCUUCAGAUGGCCUACAUUAUGAGCCAGUCACCUUUGACCUCUCUCCUCAGCAAAGGCUGUGGCACAGAACUCUGCUGAUGAUCCAGGACCGCCUUAGGGAGGAACACUCGCUGCAGGAUGUGAUCUUCAAGACAGUCCUGAAAGGAUCCCCCACCGCCCUGCCUCCCAGAGAGGACAGCCCCUCCCAGUCSCCUGCGGCCUGCAGGAUACACGGCCAUCUUUAUGUCAACAAGGUGGCUGGCAACUUCCACAUCACUGUGGGCAAGGCUAUCCCACAUCCUAGAGGCCACGCCCAUCUAGCGGCCCUCGUCAGCCACGAUACGUACAACUUCUCCCAUCGCAUCGACCACCUGUCGUUCGGAGAGGAGAUCCCAGGAAUCAUCAACCCUCUGGAUGGGACUGAGAAAGUCUGCACUGACCAUAAUCAGAUGUUUCAGUACUUCAUCACCAUAGUGCCCACCAAACUGAACACCUACCAGAUCUCAGCAGACACAAACCAGUACUCUGUCACCGAAAGGGAGCGGGUGAUCAACCACGCGGUGGGCAGCCACGGAGUAUCUGGGAUCUUUAUGAAGUAUGACAUCAGCUCGUUGAUGGUGAAAGUCACCGAGCAGCACAUGCCCCUAUGGAGGUUCCUCGUCAGGCUUUGUGGCAUCAUCGGAGGCAUUUUCUCCACCACAGGUAUGAUCCAUGGAAUGGUGGGCUUCUUGGUGGACGUUGUCUGCUGUCGCUUCAAACUAGGAGUCUACAAACCCCGGGAGAUGGGCCUGCUGGACGACCAUGUAAAAAACGAAGCCCCGGCCCCACCCCUGGAAGCUACAGAAAACCACACCCACUGACAGGACUCUCUAGGGCAGGGAUCAUCAACUAGAUCAGGGAUCUCCAACCCUGUUCCUUGAGAGCUAUCCUCCUGUAGGUUUUCGCUCCAACCCCAGUUAACUGAUCUGGUUCAGCUUUUCAACAACUAAUUAUUAAGAAUCAGGUGCGCUAGAUUAGGGUUGGAGCAAAAACCUACAGGAAGUUUUUUUUUCUUGAGCGGACGGUCAUGUGGCGGGAACAUAAUUGCAAAUUGACCUGAAUAAUAAUCAUUUUAAACCUUGCUUACAUUUGUCUACGAUCACAUAUCUCUCUAUAAUGCGUGGGAAUACUUUGGAACCAAUUUUUUUCCAAAUUAAAAUGACUUGCAGCUGA